GUCUUUCGCUGCACAUUCAAGAAGCAACGAAAGUGCUGCUGGGCUGCUGCGCGCUGCUGGCGAACGGGAGCGUGGUGAACAGCGCAGGAGCAGCAGCAGCAGCAGCAGCAGCAAAAAUGCAUGCAAAGCCUGUCUUGGUGGUUCUUGAAACUUACAAAAUGUCCGACAGAGUUGUUCUCGACUCUUGUGCUUUCAACGAGCUGCAGGACCCCGCAGCAGCCUGGAACAGCAGCAGCAGCUGCAGCAGCAGCAGCAGCAGCAGCAGCAGCAGCGGCGGCGGGGGCGGCGGGGUGCCUGCUGCUGCUGACGGGCACGGCCACCCCGGCCGCUCUUCCUCCUCCCACAGCAGCAGCAGCAGCAGCAGCAGCAGCAGCAGCAGCAGCAGCGGGAGUUCGUGGGCUUCGCAGCAGCAGGGCCUGCUGCACUCGUCUUCGGCGAGUUUGGCUGCGGCGGCGGGGCCGGGGAGCUGCGCGGCGGCGCCGGGCGCUGCUGCUGCUGCUGCUGCUGCUGCUGCUGCUGCUGCUGCGCGCUGCUGCUGCUGCCACCUGGGCCUCCCCGUGGCUGUGGUCAGCCCCGCCUACGACUUAACUCCAGCUCAGUUUGUGGACUUCAUUGCAACAGAAGAUGGACUCUUUCCUGCUUCUUCAAUUGCUGCUCUCAUCUGCGGACUCAAGAAGUCCCCGGCCAUCGCCGAGUAG